AUGACAAUGACAAUUGACAACUUUUUUUUCUCAAAGUGUCAAAAAUUGAAAAAUUUAGAAAAAUAAAAGAAAACCACGAAAACUAAACGCUGUCAAUUUAGUUUAUUUAAACAAUAAUGUGAUUCAUUGAUACAUUUUUAUUAAAAAUCAAGAUAUGGAUGGAUUACAGAAACUUAUUUAUUUAAUAUUAUUAGUGUUCAAUGUUGAAUGUAGUGAUAUUACAAAAUUGGCUUUAGGAGACUUUACUGAUGCAUUACCUGCCGCCUUUGGCGAUUUUAAUUCCGAUGAAUUAACUGAUGUAUUUGUACUGAACGAUAAUGGUUAUGCAGUUGAAAUACUUCUUGCAAAUGAGGAAGAACCCCUUCUUAGACCAGCUCCACAAUUAAGCUGUUCUUUUAGGGAACAAGAACGCACAAUUACAAGUGUUGUACCAGGUGAUUUUGAUGGAGAUGCUUUAAUGGAUUUACUUGUUACAACUGUUUACAAGCCUACUGGUCAAAGAGAUCAUACUAAAGAUCGCAGUAUAACUUACAUUUAUGUUAUUUGGGGAGGAGCUUCGUAUGUAAACUGUUCAAAUGACCAUUUGAUUGAAAUGGUAGGACAGCCUUUGGCAAUUGAUUAUAACCAAGAUAUGAUAAUUGAUCUGUUUGGUGAAGAUAUUGAUAAAAAACGAGCAUUUUGGGUAUUUAAUAAAGAUAGAAGUGAGCCUAAAAAAAUAGAAAUGCCACAUCAUAAUAAAAAACCAAUGACAGAAUUGAAAAAACCACAUGCACAUGCAUUUUUAGAUUUAAAUGAAGAUUGUAUGGCUGAUUUAUUUAUUACUACUAAUGAAAAUUUUGAAAUCUGGUAUGGAAAGGAAGAAAUGGACCCAUUACUACCACGUUUUAUAUACAAUUCAACAAUUCCACAUCCUGAAAAUCCACAAAAAGAAAUAGCUACAGUAGUAGGUCAGUCCCUUUUUAUUGAUGUUGAAUUAAAAGGUAAAAUGGACUUAGUAACUCCAGUCUGCUAUGAUAAAGAGUGCAAAAGCAGUGCACUAAUGCUAUAUUCAAUGUCAGAAAGAAAGUGGAUAAAUUUACAGGCAGAUUUUAAGGACGAACUUACAAAUUUAUGGAAGUUUUACCAGAAAGAUGGUAGUAGAUAUACUGAUGUCAUCACACUAAGAAGUGGAGACUUCAACUUAGAUGGUUACCCUGAUCUUUUAGCAACUUUGUCUCCAAUUCAAGAUGGUAACAGUCUACCACAGUCAUUUCUAUUGGAAAAUGUACAUUGUGAUACAUGUGGUGCUUUAAAGCGUACAUAUAAAGUAAAAUGGAAUUCUUUAAAUCCAUUCAAAAAUGGAACAGUCAUGGCUUCAUUUUUUGACUUUUACCAAGAUGGUAUUUUGGACUGUAUUAUUGUAACUUAUAAUGGGCACAGUUACAAAACAGCUGCAUUUAAGAAUAGCUUGGAUUACGAUGCAAAUUUUAUCAAAGUUAUGGUUUUGACAGGUUUGACCAAUAAAAAUGAUCCUAUGAUAAUGGGCAGAGUUGGAAAGAAGCGAAGAACUUAUGGAACUAAUUUGCCAGGUCCUUCAAUUUCUUACAAAACUACAACACAGGAAGGCAAUAUACGUCAUGGUCUGGCCAGCCAAAUACCUCAAUCUGCGCAUUUCAGUUUAAACCUUCCUUACUCCAUAUUUGGUUUAGGCCGUACACCAAAUUUUGUAGAUAUGGUCACUGUUGGACUAUCAAACCACCAUAAAUCAUUGACACAAAUCAUACCCAAUUCCCAAAUGGUUGUGAUACCCUGGCCUACAAAUGAACCUUCAAAAUGGAAAGCACAGUUAUUUGUGACACCUAGUAAGUUGAUUCUUAUGUCAGUUGCCGCACUUACAACUGUCUGUGGCUUAAUCACUGUGAUCAUUGGAGUGCUACAUUGGAAGGAGAGGCAGGAAGAUAAGAAAGAGAGAUUGUCUGAAUCGCAUAGAUUCCAUUUCGAUGCAAUGUGAUGUUUUUAAAGUAUUUAUUUUAAUAAGUUAGAUGAUAAUAAUAACAUUAUCGAAGUUGCAUUAAACAUGACUGUUUUUGAUAAACAGGGCGCAGUUAUUCACACUACAGCUUUAAAUCGAUAAGAUAAAAUAUUUAGAGCUAACAAAAUAUUAAUAAAAUAUAUAAUUGACCUUUACAUUAAUAUUUAUGAAACUUUUCUUCUGGAGGUCAUGAAAAAAUAGACUGCAAUUUAUUUAGGAGAAAUGCUAAAUGAAUA